AUGUCGACUUCGGACGGCCCGCUGUAUCUCGGCCUCGACCUCUCGACGCAGCAGCUCAAGGCCAUCGUCGUCGACUCGGACCUCAAGACGGUCGCCCAGGCAAAAGUCGAAUUCGACGACGACUUUGGAGCCCGCUAUGGCAUCCGCAAGGGCGUCCACGUGCGCGACGCCGCGGGUGAGGUCGUCGCCCCCGUUGCCAUGUGGCUCGAGGCCCUCGACCUCGUCCUCGCCCGCCUGCGAGCCACGGCGCCCUCGCCCGACAUGAUGGCCCGCAUCCGCGCCAUCGGCGGCGCCGGCCAGCAGCACGGCAGCGUCUUCUGGAACACCCGCGCCGAGGCUUGCCUCGCUGCUCUCGAUGCCGCCCGGCCCCUCGUCGACCAACUGCCUGCUGCCCUGGCGCACGAGUGGUCCCCCAACUGGCAGGACCAGAGUACCCAGGCCGAGUGCGAUGCCUUUGACGCCGCUCUCGGCGGGCGGCAGAGCCUGGCCGAAGUGACGGGCAGCGGCGCGCACCACAGGUUCACGGGCCCGCAAAUCAUGCGCCUGCGCCGCAUCCUCCCCGACAUGUACGCCAGCACGGCCCGCAUCUCCCUCGUCUCCUCGUGGCUCGCCUCGGUCCUGCGCGGCGCCCUCGCCCCCCUCGAUGUCAGCGACGUGUGCGGCAUGAACCUGUGGGACAUGGCGGCCCAGCGCUACAGCGACGAGCUUCUCGCCCUGGCCGCCGGCGGCCGCGACGGAGCCGAAGAGCUGCGUGCCAAGCUUGGCGAGCCCAUCAUGGACGGCGGCGCCUCCCUCGGCGCCCUCUCGCCCUACUUUGUCGCCCGCUACGGCUUCAGCCGUGAAUGCCAGGUCGUGCCCUUUACCGGCGACAACCCGGCCACCAUCCUCGCCCUGCCCCUGCGGCCCCUCGACGCCAUCGUCUCGCUCGGCACCUCGACCACCUUUCUCAUGAACACACCUACCUACCGGCCCGACGGCUCCUACCACUUCUUCAACCACCCGACCACCGCCGGCCACUAUAUGUUUAUGCUCUGCUACAAAAACGGCGGCCUCGCUCGCGAAAAGGUCCGGGACGAGAUGCCCCGCGACGACGGCAACACCGAAAAUCAGCAGAAACAGCAACCAGGAAGCGAGUGGGACGCCUUCAACAGGGCCGUCCUGGACACGCCGCCGCUCGACAUGGCCGAGCCCGGCGCCAGGGCCAAGAUGGGCCUGUACUUUUGCCUGCGCGAGACGGUGCCCAACAUCCGCGCCGGCACAUGGCGCUUCACCUGCAACCCCGAUGGCAGCGCCCUCGCCCCCGCCGCCAACCCGUGGCCGCGCGCCACCGACGCGCGCAUCAUCACCGAGUCGCAGGCCCUCUCGAUGCGCCUACGCGCGCGCAACCUCGUGCACCCCCCACGCGACUCCCUCCCCGCCCAGCCUCGCCGCAUCUACCUCGUCGGCGGCGGGACCCUCAACCCGGCCAUUGCGCGCGUCCUCGGCGACGUGCUUGGCGGCGCCGACGGCGUCUACCGCCUCGACGUCGGCGGCAGCGCGUGCGCCCUAGGCGGCGCCUACAAGGCCCUGUGGGCGUCCGAGCGCGCGCCCGGCCAGACGUUUGACGACCUCGUCGCGGCGCGCUGGAGCGAGGAGGGCGCUGUCGAGAGGGUUGGCGACGGAUUUCGCCCGGACACGUACCGCGCGUACGGCCGGGUGCUGGGCGCGUUUGAGGAGAUGGAACAGAGGUUGCUGGCCGAUGAGAAGAACGCGUAG